CAACAACCAACGGGUGUGACAACUACAUAGGCUACAACUUUGGUCAACAUCUACACCCUAAUAUUCUUCUACUUUCUCCUCCUCUCGAUCUCCGUUGAAAGAAUGGCCAGAGAAGAAUUCGCCAAUGGUGAAAUACACGUCUUCUGGGAUGUGAAUGAUUUCCCAGUCCCUGAGAAUCGCAGUAUACGUGAAAUUGUUGACUCUCUUCUUAGGAGAUACGGUUAUAAAGGUGAGGUGACAAUCACGGCUUAUGGUGAGAAUUAUCCUGAAGACGAUCCACUCGAGAGUGGGAUCACCUUUGUAGCGAAAAGGGAUAAAUCUAGGAGGCUUCAUAGGAUAUUAGUAGAUUUUGCUUUGGUCGCAUCGGACAAUCACGAGCCCCAUCGUAUACCAUUAACUUUGAUGGUAGUCGCAAAAAACAUCAAGGAAGAGAAUGAGUUCCACGGUCUUCUUCAAAGUGUGAAUGCUGCAAAUUACAAUGUCUUGUUGGUUUUGCCUGAUGUGUACGACCCAAAAGAAGUGGCACUUCCUUAUGUUAACUUUGCUUGGCGUUGGACAAGCCUAGUAGAUGGAGGAGAUCCUAUUCCCAAACCCGAUUUUUUCGCCCUAUUAGAUGAAGGAGGAAGACGAGUGAUUUUAUGCGCAAAUUACAGUUCUGAAGAUGAGGUGUACAAUGAAGACGACAGCGACGGCGAGGGGUUCUAGUACCACUAGCUAGCUGUGGCGGCUCGAUCUACAAUCAUGUUUUAUCAAACUUUUGAUUUCAAAAGGGCUGUGGCUAGUUAUCUGUAGUUUUGUUUUGUGUUCCAACUCAUCUUGCACUGUUUUAAUUACGUUUACUCUGUCCGGAUCCUCGAUUCUUGUUUUAUAUAAUAUGAUUAAUUUUAAGAAAAUAUAACACUCUUUCUUCGCAAAAUCAAAUUCAUGCUCACCAACAUAACCACCUGUUUUGAAUAAAGAUUACAGCUUCAGUUGCAAAG